AUGACUACCGCGACUGUACUCGUUGCCAGUUCUUUUCUACUCGUCAUACUACUCAUGGGAAGACGACGUUUUACGAUGCCAUUCUUCAAAAUGCUUACUGUAGUGGUCAGUAUUAUAGUAAUUCAUUCUAUAGUCAGCACCGUAUUCAAGCUGUUCACAUUAUGGUCUGGACUUCUGAUUCCCAGUCAAAAUAUUAUCACGUUACUAGUCGACAUGGUCUCCAAAAAAUUGCUGAUUCUAUUGAUUUUUCUUAUGGCGUUGAAUCGAUCUGCCAUCGUUUUAUGUCCUAAAAUGGACAAACUACUGUUUGAGAGGAAUCGCUACAUCGUAUUGUGUACUGCCUGCUUUGCUGUCACAGCAGUAGAGACGUACUGCGUAAUAGCAGUGUCAAAUUUGCGAAGAGAAUUUAUUAUGGGAAUUGGUUUCGUCGACUUCAUCGAGUCAGCAAAAUCUUAUGAGAUCGGUUGCCUGAUUUUCUUGGCGAUUGCUUUCAUUUCUGUAGCCCUUCAUCUCAUGAUUUAUGUGUACUUACGAUGUCAUAACCGAACAAGCUCAACAAUUACAACCAAGAUACAGCAACGGCUAUUUCGCGAAGUUACUCUGAUGACUGUGGUAAAUACGAUGUUCACGCUUCUCUUCAUUGUUCUCUACCAAAUGCCCUCAUCUUUCGAAUCGCGGAUUAUGAUAAUCAGUAUAUACAACAUACUGUGUUUUAUACCAGAUAUUCUUAUACCUGUUUUCAUACUGGUUGGUUCGCGUGAAGUUCAUGCGGAGAUAUCAUCAAGACUGUCCUUCACUACAAAAAUGAAGGCAAAUAAGUCUAGCAAAACUGCCACUUUGAAGUGA